AUGGAAAAUCUCUCUCUCCCUGAAGCACAGCUUCUUUAUGCGAUUUAUAAACUAGAAAAUGAUGGCAGACUUAAGGAAGACGAUAAAAAGAAACUAAAGCACAUGGUCAUUUCACAAGAUGAAAGAGUCAUGAGACUCAUUGAUCAAUAUAAAGAAAAUCAAAGCCAAGUCAGCUUAUUCCAAGAUAUUCUUAAAAUUGUAAAGCCAAUAAGGCAAAAGCCUGAAACUGUGGCUAUUCCUUCUCGAGAUUUCACCAAUGAAGACAGCAGCCCGCUUGGGAAGUUUCUGCAUGAACAGAAGAAGAGGCAAUCCAAGAAUGAGGGAUUAGCUUUAUCGCUUCAUAAAAUGAGUGAUGAAGUUGAAAUAUCUCCAAAAGAAGAAAUGCCUAUGAGAGAAAUGCAUCUGAAUUUUAUGUAA